GGUACAUUUUGGUAGAUGUGACUGUGAUAAACUGAUAGAAGAAUAACAUAAAAUUCGGGAAAAUGGUUCUUAUGACAACCAUAGCGAGAGUGGCAGACGCGUUACCCCUAGCUGCAUCUAUGCAAGAAGAUGAAACGGCCGGGAGAAGUUUGAUGGAUUUCCAGACACAGUCUAAACAGUUAUUCAAGAAAAUAAUGUCAGAUCCUCAACCUCCAGCUAGAUGCAGUCUUGAGACAGGUCCAUACAUAUUCCACUACCUGAUUGAAAGAGGUGUAUGUUUUCUCAUAUUGUGUGAAAAGUCAUUUUCAAAAAGACUUGCAUUUUCCUACUUAGAGGAUUUACAAUCAGAGUUUAAUUCACAGUAUGGUAAAAAAGUAGAAACCGUUUCCAGACCUUACAGCUUUAUUGAAUUUGAUACAUACAUACAGAAAGCUAGAAAAUCCUACAUGGAUUCUAGAGCAAGGAAAAACCUGUCUUCUAUUAACACUGAAUUACAAGAUGUACACAGAAUCAUGGUCCAAAAUAUUGAUGAUGUUCUGGAUCGUGGAGAGAAAUUAUCAGAAUUGGAUUCUAAAGCAAGCAGUUUAUCAGAUAUGUCAAAGACCUACAGAAAAGAUGCCCAUAAUCUGAAUUUGCGAUCAUCCUAUGCUAAGAUAGGAGCAGUGCUAAUUAUAGUGAUUGUGUUCUUACUAUUCCUGAGGUAUUGGUGGUGGUGAGAACUGGAUAGUGCAAUCUGUAUGUUUAACGUGAACAUUCAUAGUUUCCUAGUAUUUCCUUUCUUCAAAGGCUAUGGGGAGGGUAAUUUUCAUCAGGUGCAAAGACUUUGUUCAUUUUAAUGUGUGGCUGUCUUUGAAAAAUAGGAUGUCAUACCGGCAAAACUUCCCAGACUUGUGGGAGGCUUCCUAUUUCAGCUACCUUGCCCAGUCUCUUGAUUGAAUUGAUAUUGAAAAUUGAGAAAUUUCCUGAUUUUCAGGAAAUCCCACUUGGCAGGUCACAAUUUCAUGUCUAGUCACAGGACUGGAGGUCCCUUGUCAUAAAUGACACUAAUUGAAGGACAGCUUAGCUGUCAAAGGGAUUUUUACCUACCAGUAAAGCCUCAGUGAUCUUUGUACUAUGUAAAUCUUGAAAUCACAGUUAAAGCCAAUCUAAGAAUUACUGUCAUGGUGUCUAUUUUAUGCCAUCUUUAAACAAGUUAUUUGACUAACUCAUUUGAACUUGGAACAUUUAUUAUUGACAAGACUGUCUGUACAAUAACAAAAUGAUAGGAAACAAGGUAAAAAGACAGAAGUGAUCAAACUAAUAUGAUGGUUGGUUCUACUUUGGGAUCUCUUGAUAUGAGGAACUGUUUAAUCAUUUCAUUAUGAAAUCAACAUCUAACAAAUUUCCUGUUAUAAUGCUUUUUUUAUUUAACUUCUGAUACAAUGUGUAUGAAUGUUGUGUAGAAUAUACAUGAAGAAAGACCUUUUGUUCCAAGCCUGCUAUUGCUUUAAGAUGAAAUCGUUGUCAGAUGCUUUGAAGCAUGUUUGUAAUCGUUGGUGUUUUGUUGAACUAAGAGUUUGACUCGUAAAACAUUUUAGCUUAGGUUAUGAGAAAUUUGUUGAUAAAUCAGAUAAGUUAUACAUAAUUUGAUUAUAUUUUCACACCACAAAAGUUAUUAUGACCCAUAAAGUGUGAUUUGUUUACAGUAUAGCAUGUGACAAAUAGUAUGCAUACAUCAUUGUCCAUUUUGUAUGAUACUUAGAUGGAUUGUAUGCUUGAAGAUAGAAGUUCCCAAACAAGCAUGUAUUCAAACAGGACUUAAUUUGUAUACUGAUACAAGGCAUACAUUUUGAAUAUGUAUUUUCUAGUUUGACUUUUAAGAAAUGUUUGUGUGAUGUUGCUUUUUAACUUUUCUGUCAUCAAAUCUCAUUUAAUUUACAUUUACAUUAUUGAUAAGAGUACAAGUAUUAUUCUGUAUAAACAAAUGCUUAUAUUGAAGGUAUGAGUGACACAGGUAACAUAGGGUUGUUAAUUUCCUAAAUUUAUUUACAAUGAAAGACUUAGAUUUGAAGUUGAAAAAUGAUGUAAUUGAGUCUGAAUAAGUCUCCAGCUGAUCAAAUCAAAUUGUACAUUUUGUUUUGCUUUUGUUUCUGAGCACAUUGACAAAGUAGUCAGUUACAUUCAGGUACAUGUGUGUUGUUAAUGAGGCUUGAAGUUUACUGACAAGUACAUAUGAUAAAUAUGUUUUUUAGAAAAUGAAUUGCCUUUUCCCUCCAAGAUAAUCACUGCCUUGAAUAAGAAAUUGUGGAAUCCACUCCUAUUGAUUUGUAAACAUUAUUGCCUGGUAUACUAGAUAAGGAUGUGAUAUGUAUUUCAAAUAAUUUCAGUAGAAAAAAACACAAUUUCAAGUCAAAGGAAGAUUUAAUUUUAGGUGCUGGUUGUUACGUUUGCUGGUACUCUGAUGAUUGUGUUCUGAUGUUUCCAGACCCUUUAAAUAAAUCUUUGGAUAUGAUUAUAAGCAUAAUAUUGUAUGUGAGAUACAUGUCAUUUAUACACUGCCCAUUGUUUCUGUAGACUAUAAUUACUGUUACUGACUGCUCAUGUCAUGUAUACCACUUUCUCCAACACAGCCAAAUACAUGUGAUUUAGGCCUGUUCAUUACAUAUUAGUAAUUACACAACAAAUAGAACAGACAUGGUUUAUGUGCAUGUAUAGGGUGGUCUGUAUAGCUACAAAAUUGUGAUCUGUAGAUAUGUUUACAGUUGCCCCAUCACAUAUUUGUUGUGAAUGAUGACCUUUCAUUUCACUCAUUAUUAUAACAAGGUGAAAAUCUUUUAUAUAUGAUUUGGUAAAAAAUGUUUGCUUGCAUCAAAAAUCUUAGCAUCUUGUCUUUGUCCUAAGUAUGAACAGUUCUACAUCUUUAAAUGCUAGACUUGUUACUAUAUACAGAAAGGGUCAGUCUACCGUUAGACUUAUGGUGGUCGAAAAUUAAAUAUUUUAUUCAAUUUUUAGAUUUUUCUCUUUUCUUUUCAAAUUUCAACUUUUCACAUGAUUGAUAUUUCUAAUAACAAUUAUAAGAUAUACCAUGAGUAAGUGUGUUUAUACUUGAUAUGAUUUCAGUUGGUAAUACAUAUAGCUGUAGAAAUGUAAAAUGACAUAGAAAAUAAGUAAUUCAUGGCCUUGUUGAGUGAUUCACUUGUCUUACCUUGGAAAAUACAUUUUAUAAACUGCCAGGCAUAUAUGUAUACAUGUAUGAUUGUGUAUGUGAAUGAAAUAUAUAUUUAUUGCAAACAAUAAAAAUACAUUAUAGAUA